CUGUCAGAUCCGUGUUAUGUUUUGACUUUGCUCGCAAUUUAUUUAUGAAAUCGUUAUUAUUCCUCUUAGUAAAUUACGAAUUAUAUUCGUGUAUUGGUCCACAUUCAUUUGCCUUUAGAAAUUUCAGUAUGAAACCUAUGAAAGUGGAAUUAUACAACGCUAUUGUAGCAGACUUUAAUAGGCUCCCAUCGUAUGGGCGUAAAGCUGAGAAUGAAUUAAAGAAAAAGUACCAAAAUUUACCACCAGCUACACUGGGCAGCAUUAUAUCACUGUUGGUGCAGAGAUCAAUGAAACAGAGCUAUAGGAAGUCUCCAUUAAUAUCCAGUAGAUAUUAUGAACUGUAUGAAGGACUAAUGAGAGACAAGUCUGCAGAAGAUGGUGUUCUUUUACAGCUUUCGGACAACCAAGGAAUAAGCCCAGCCCUGUUUGCAAGAUCUCUCUUGCAGAAUGUUUACUCGGACUCGUCCAUGGUCAAGAAGUGCUUCAAAGAUACCACAUUGAUUGAAGACAAGGAACUUGCCUAUCAAGUCUUUCUGGCCACCAUGAAUGAUAACCAGUAUGGCCCAUAUGCAGACAUCAUAAAACAGUCAAUUGGAUUAGAAUAUGAGUUACGACUAGAAAAAGAGUUAAGAUUGAUGAAUAUAACAUUCUCUGAUGAAAAUGUAUUGAGGUCUCGGGGUUAUGAUAAGACCCCUGAUUUCAAACUUGAUGUACCCAUAGCAGUAGAUGGCUUUAUUGUUCAUUGGGUAGAAAGUAAAGCAUUAUUUGGUGAUGAAGAAAACCAUUCUGGGUAUUUAAAGGAUCAAUUAAUGGCUUAUUGGAACAGAUUUGGUCCAGGAUUAGUAAUCUAUUGGUUUGGGUAUCUAGAAACACUGGACUCCACCCCAGAAGUAAAUAAGAUGUUUAUUUUAAGAACUAAUUUUCCAAAAAAAGAAAGUAUUACUCAGUACAAGAUGGACUUUGAUGUGUAGUAAUUUUACGAAAUUGUAUAUUUAGCUUGUAAUAAAAUAAUUUUUUAAUG